CUUUAUACCACCACCCACAAUGUUUGAUCUACCAAAUGCUAAGCGCAUCCGGCGCGAUGACAUCCACUCUCCAGUGUCAUCCCGCUCACCAUCACCCGCACCAGACGACGCUGAAGCACAAGACGCACGAGCCCGUCUAGGGAAACUACUCAAUCUCGAUGAAUUGAUUGCCAUACAAGAUACAGCUGUACAAGAAAACGAUCCCCCACAGCCAGAGGAUGACGAUGAGGAGCAAGAAUUCGAAUUCCGGCUGUUCAGUGCCCCCGCAAAAUCGACAGAAAAUGCGACCAAUGGGUCAGAAAAAGAUGCGGAGGCCAACUCAACAGGAAAAUCCCAGAAGAAAUCCACAGGAACCGAUGCACAGCCUUCCACGGUCACACAGAAGUUGCGCAUCCGAUUGCGGUCACCCUCACCGGGAGCUGGUGGUUCCGAGGGACGAUUCGUGAAGGCUUCGCGGGGAUGGGACUAUUACUUCUCUACGCCUUCGCUUUUGGGAACACGCAAUUCAGACGUUUCAUCGGAAGAUGAGGACAGUAUUGCAGAGAAGAAGCGACAAUUUGAGGAUAUGGCCGUCACCGGAGAGCACAUGCUGACAUGGGCUCAGUCACAAGCCUGGCCCGGCUGCCAUCUGCCCUGGCGAGUGAUCCAUCUAAAACGCCAUCAGACGAAACUUCCACGGCCAGCUGGUAGCGCCCCUGUGUAUGUGGUAGAAGGCGCCCCUGUCUCGAAAAGCCCACUCACCCGCAAGAAGCCCGGCAAGAAGCGCCGAGUCCAGCUGCGCAAGCGCGUUAUUGCUGCACAGGCUGCUAAAGAGACGGAGGCCGAGAAGCGGAAUCGCAAGAACCAUGCGAGGAAGCUCAAGCGCAGACAGAAAGCAAGAGAGCAGAAGGCCGCUGCAGCGGGUGUCGCUGUUGCGGACGCUGGUGCUGAAGAUGCCUCCAUGGCCGAUGGAGAUGAGGGUGCGUCCUCGUGUGGAGAGAAUUGA